AUGUCGGACGACAGCCUGUUAAUAAUUGAAUCCGACUCUGAAGAAGGACCACAAAUAUUGGAUGCUGACCCUUUCCAUAUUGAGCCAAUGAAUGUUGCGAUUCAAGCAUUCGAAGAUGAACCUCCACCAUUAAAUCAACUUGCUUACGAUAAUGAGCCACUUCAAACAAUAGCAAAACAUCUCGAAUUUUUAAUGACACAAGAAGGAAAUGUUAAAUACAAUCAGAAAACUCGCGAAAGUUUAUUAAAAGUAAUUACCGUUUUUGCUUAUCAAUCGGGAAAGCAUGCAAUUUCUGCUUCAGCACCUGUCCAACUACCAGGUACAACUCCUAAAGUACAAAAUCCCGAAAAACAGAAAGAAGAACCAGCAAUAUCUGCUCGUGAGUUCAAGAAGUUAACUCAACAGCUUUUAAGAUCGCAAGAAGAGUUAGCAGAUUGUCAGCAUAAAUAUGCUCUAGCUGAGCAACGUGAGCAAAUCCUUCGAAAAGAAAUUCAUCAAUUACAACAAGAAAAUGAUGAUUUAUUCAAGGAUAAAUCUCAACUCUUAUCAAAGUUGCAAACCACAAGACGUGAAUUUGAUGCUAUUGAGGGCGAUCUCAAGCAACAACUCUCAAAACUCAAAGAUGAUAAUUCAAACUACCGUGACAACUUAAAUCAGAGUUCAUUUGCAGCAGAAAGAUUACAAAAGCAAAUUGCUUCUCUUAAUGAAGAGCUUGCUACAGCCACAUCACAAAAUAACAGGUUGCAAACAAAACUUAAUUCCAAGAUUGAGAGUAUGAAGCAACUUAGACACAAAUUGCAUGAAACAGAAAUACAAAUGCAUAAUACAGAAGCAGAAAACGAAGAAUUUAGUAUUCGGAUUGGUGAUCUUACCAAUAAAAUUGAUCAAUUAGCACAACAAUUGCAGGAUGAAGGUCCAGAUGCAUUUUCAAAGCUUAAAGAGGACAAAUCUAAAUUAGAGAAUGCACUUAACAUUGCUGUUAAACAUGUUGAAGAACAAGCGGCCGAAAUUAAGAAAUUAAAUAAGAUUAACACUCAAUGCUACGGAAUUAUUAACAGACAGACUGAAUUGAUCCGUUCAUAUGAUGACUAUUCAGAUAAAAUCAAAGAAAAAGCUGCUGAAGAGCAAAUACAGAAUAAUACCUUAACAGCAAUUCCUGCAACAACAAUCCAAGAGCGCUCUAUUCCUCCAAUGCAAGCGCAAUCAUAUGUUCAGCCACCUCGUAUAAGCCCACUUACAGAAUCCUAUUUCAAUGCAAUCGUUGACGUGCUUCGUCCAAGAUUUGGCGAUAUUGCAAACGAUCAGGUACUUGAUAUUGUUACAAAGCUUUCCAAAGGAACAAUAGAUAAUGAGAUGACAGAACUUAAUAAGAGGCUCAUGACCUUAAUUGAAAAUCAGCUUAGAUUCCUUUAUCAAAUGGCUAAUAACGGUGCUCUUCAGCUUUAUCUUUUAUCUUCCGAUAAAGCUGAUGAAAUUUACAUGGAUCAGAUUCCAUUUAGAGACCAAAUUCUUGUUGAAAUCGCCAGAUGCCGUUCCUUCCUUACACUCAAUAAAGUUGAUCUUCCAGAACAUGAUAUUACACCAACAGUUGCUAAGACAAAGCUUGAUAAAGUUGAUGAUUCAGCAGAACUUCCUCAACGUGAAGCCUUUGAUAUUGCUGCAUUGCAAUCAGCUAAUGCCAACAUCAUCAGAACUCUUGGUGAGAAAUUAGCUGAACAAAAUGCACAAUUCAUUGUUGGUCUUACAGAAAUUGCCAAACUAAUUAACUACGAUGAUAAGAUAGAAACAAUCAUGCCUGUUUUAGUUGCAAAGAUCAAGAACUUCAUUGCUUGUGCAAAGGAUUGUUCAGAAGCUGAAGGUGAAUUCGAUUACAACAACUUUGAUGAAUCAGUUAAGAAGAUUCAAUCAAUAUACAGAAAGAAUGCCAUUGUCUUUAAGUCUCUUGGAGCUGGGCUUCAGGAGAUCACAAAUUAUAAUGGCGAUAUAGACAAACUUCCAGCUCAUGUUCAUAAAUAUAUUCAAGAUAUGAACAAAGAACUUGAAAAUAUAAUUGCGGCCAGAACAAAGGAUCUCCUUACACAGGCAGAAGAAUUCGAUAAGAAGAUGGAAGAUGAAAAGGCAUUAAGUACAAAGAAUUUAGCAGAGUUAGAAGCUAAAGUUCAAGAACUUGAAGAGCGCAACCAAGAUUUGAAUUCGGCAAAUACAAAGCAAAUGAAUGAAAUCUCUUCAUUGAAGACAAACUUACAAGAUGUUACAGAAAGAAAAGAAGAUUUCGAAUCCAAGUACAACCAACUUAAUGAGAACAUCAAAGAGAUGGAAGGUGAAUUACAAAGGAUGAGAACAGAAAAUAGUAAUCUCGAGGCUGAAAUGAGAAAGAGAGAUAACAACUUCGAACAAAGAAUCAUGAAAGCACUUGAAACAGAAAGAGCAUCUCAUGCACAAGAAGUUGAAAUUACAGAUAAGAGAAUGAAAGAUCUUCAGCAGAAACAUGAAGAACAAAUGGCUGCCAAACAAGCUCUUCUCCGUGAAACAAAGAAGAAACUUAAGAUGGUCAUUACAACAUAUGAUGACGCCUUCAAGAAACAGAAGAAUUCAAUGCAAGCACUUAGACAACAGAACCAAACUUUGGUUGCAAAGAUUACAUCAAUGACAGGAAAUGGCGGAAAGAAUGAACCGAAUGAUGACGCAGCCAAAGCACUUGCAGCUGAAAUACAACUGCUUGAAAUGAGAUUGAAACAGGCUAAUGAAGAUGCAGAAAAGGUUGCAAGUGUUAAGGAUACCUAUUGGCAGUCUCAAGUUGCUUUAGUCGAAUCUCAAAUGAUGGAUAACUUACAGAAGAAACUUGAAGAGGCACAAAAGACUCAUGAACAAUUUGUUGGUGCAAUGAUUGAUGAAUUCCAGAAGUAUUGCUCUUCAAUUUAUGAUGGCACUGAAGAAAGCGCUAUGCAGAUUGCUAAAGAAGUUGCUAAUAAAGUUGAAACUGUCGAGAAGCAAUGCGCGAUUGCACAAAAGAAAGCUGAUCUUAUUCUCGAACAAAAGAGAAGAAUGGAGCAGAACCAAACAGAUGAAAUUCCAAAGGUUGUCAAGAUGAUUAAGUCCCUUCAAACAUGGGAGAAAUGGGCAAAAGAUAUGUAUUCAAAUGCUUCCAACAGAGAUGCAAAGGAUGAAACACCAGAAUCUUUGAGGGCAAAGCUUGGUGAUAUGAUUAUAAUAUCUUCUGCUUAUGGCAAAGUUAUUGGAUGUCUUGACUCUCUCAGAGUACAGAAGAAAGCACUUCUUAAUCAUAUAGGUGAUAUUCAACCUCCAAAUUAUAUGACUUCUGGAGCGUUUGCGAAAAUUGUCCUGUUUGCAGUCAGGGUUUCAAAGCUUGGCUGUAAAACAGUAGCAUUUAUUCCUAGUUCAAUCUGA